ACUCAACACAUGGAAACAGAAGCUGAUAGAGAGGACUGUGGAUUACCAGAACCAGCCAGGAAAUCACAUCCACUUUUACAACCAGAGACUGAAGACCAGACCAGAGAGAAACGAUUCAGGUGCUCUGGCUUCAAUGCACAUCUUAAAAAACAUAUGAGAACUCCCAUAGGAGAAAAAACUUUUAGCUGCUCAGUCUGUAAAAAAUCUUUUACACAGAAUGGAUAUUUAAAGACACACAUGAGAAUCCACACAGGAGAAAAACCUUUCAGCUGCUCAGUUUGUAAUAAAUCUUUUAUACAGAGAGGAAGUUUACAGAGACACAUGAUAGUCCACACAGGAGAGAAACGAUUCAGCUGCUCUGGCUUCAAGGCACAUCUUAAGAAAGAUAUGAGAACAAACGCAGGAGAAAAAACUUUUAGCUGCUCAGUCUGUAAGAAAUAUUUUACACAUAGUGGACAUUUACAAACACACAUGAGAAUCCACACAGGAGAGAAACCUUUUAGCUGCCCUGAGUGUGGUAAAGCUUUCACUGAACGUGGACACCUGAAGGCACACAUGAUAACUCACACAGGAGAAAAACCUUUCAGCUGCUCAGUCUGUAAGAAAUCUUUUACACACAAUGGAAAUUUAAAGAUGCACAUGAGAAUCCACACAGGAGAAAAACCUUUUCGCUGCUCAGUUUGUAAUAAAUCUUUUAGACAGAGUGGAUAUUUAAAGACACACAUGAGAAUCCACACAGGAGAAAAACCUUUCAGCUGCUCAGUUUGUAAUAAAUCUUUUAUAAAGAGUGAAAGUUUACGGUCACACAUGGUAGUCCACACAGGAGAGAAAAGAUUCAGCUGCAAUGUUUGUGACAAAAGAUUUGCCUGGCGUUCUCAUGUCAAAACACAUAAAUGUGUUGGUGCGAUGGGAUGGCGCUAA